CGGUACCCGGGCCGGACUGUCACACCCGAGCCCAGGGCCCCUCGCCAAAUGGUCAUUUAUUUUCAACUCGCAUUCGUCGCAGUAUAAAUAAUUUGGGGGGCCCAUCCAAACCCGCGGGGGCCUUUCCGCCCUGGGAGCUCCGAUUACGUGGAAGUUUUACAAUACAGGAGUAACAUGCUCGCACAACUCCAAACGCGGGCCCUGGAAUCCAAUUCCUUUUUGGGGCAGAGCGAUAAAGUUUCAGAUAAAUUGAGAAAGGAUCGUCACCAAAUACGUACAAGUCUCCAAUCAGUCAAGAAAGCCAAAAAGAGGGAUGUCGUCAUGGGGUUCGAGGUGCGCACGUUUCUGCACUGGCAGCACUGGGAACCGGGGAAGGAGAUCACCAAACAUCUCGCCCUGAAAAACGUCAAACUGAAAACUCAGAAGGUGCAAUUCAGACCCCCCAGCACCCCUUUUUUCAGAACUCUGUUUCCUCAGAGUGUCACCUUAAUGUCGGGCACUUCCUUCUCUCUCCCGAUCACCUUCCGGCCGCUGGAAAAGCGUGACUAUGAGGACUUCAUCACGUUCGAGGCAGAGGAAGGAAGCUUCUCAGUGGUAUUACGAGCUACACUGCCUCGCCACGAGCUUCUGUUCCAGGAGGAGCUUACCAUCCCUACCUGUGCAGUCCAUCACUCCUCCGAGGCUUCAUUCGUCCUGCACAACGCAUGUGACCUGCAGACAUCGUUUCGAUGGGAAGUGUCGGACCCUUUCACGAUGACCCCGGCUAGUGGAACACUGCAUCCUCGAUGUGAGACUCCAAUCAAGGUCCUGUUCCAGCCACAGAUGGCUCUUGUGCACAGCGUGGUGGCAGUUUGCCGAUUCGGGGUUAACGAGGAAUAUAACAAAAGCAUCCAACUGACUUCCAUUGCAAAGUACCCCCACCUGGUGCUGAGAGUUGCUGGGGCUGCAAGUGAAGAAGAUGAACCUUUACUGGAUUUCGGCUCAGCCGGAGUGGGCGCCGUGGUGGAGAAGCACAUAGAAAUACACAACGUCUCAGCGGUAGAUUCACCGUUCCGAAUUGAACGCGCCACCCAUUCAUCCCAAAUGGACUGUCAUUUUUUCUGUGAUAUCGAACGUUCGGUGGUUCCAGCCCAAGGGAAGCUGAAGAUUCCAGUGCAAUUUCGCCCGCAUAUUCCUGGGAUGGAGACGGUGGAUUAUUUUCAUGUGAUCCCAGCUGGUAACCUCACGAAAUCUGUGUUAAAGGUUGCCGGAACAUGUCAAGGUCCUCGUGUGUCUAUCCUAAAGUCUUUGAUGGACUUCGGUCUGGUGAAUCUGGGGGAGCAGAUGCUACGCACCCUGGAAAUCACCAAUUCUUCGGAUGUACCGGCUCACUACCAGUUCGACAUUGACAGCAGUGAAAGCGUCUUCUCAUUUGAUCAUCCUUAUGGGAUUAUUGGUCCCCGUGAAACUCGAACUCUGCAGGUCACCUUCGCCCCUCGUCAUCCUAUUCCCCACUAUCGGAGAGUGGCAUGCCUCCUCCACCAUCAGGAUCCUCUCUUUCUAGAUUUGAUUGGCACGUGUCAUUCGGAUACAGAGAAACCCGCCAUUGUUCUCCCGAAGCAUCUGCCCCUAUACAGGAAGAAUGCGAUUCGCGGGCUGACAGCGUACCCUCCAGACGUCCUGAAUGCCAUGUUACAGGAGGGGAGGCUGGGGAAGGACGCCGACGGAGCGCUGGUGCUGCUGACACAGGAAUCUGAUGGCGAGUAUCCUGAGGAACAUGGUAGCAUGAACUCGGUAUCUGAAUUCUUUAAUGAUGAGUUUAGCUCUGACAAUACCGUGCUUCCACCCCAUGUCACGGCCACAAAAAGAGACUUUGACUUUGGCUGCAGUGUUGGAAAUGGCCAGAAAAGGUCUCUCCCGUUAUCGCUGACCAAUCACACAAAGGGAAAAGUGUCAGUGAUAUGGACAUCAAACCCUGACUGCCCGUUUCAGGUUACCCCACAAUCCACGGAGAUUCCACCUCUGAAAUCGACGGCUUUCACAGUGGUCUUCGGUCCGUCGCAGCCAAACACUCUGUAUGCUGGGGAGCUGGAAGGUUUUAUCUUCUACAAGGUCCUUCGAGAUUAUCGGAACGUGGAAGAUGCCACAAUGUGCCUUCCGUGGUGCAUUACGCUUCAUGCGAGGGGACACACAUUUGAGCGGGGACACCAGCAUUUUGUUCCCAGUUGUACACUGGAUUGCCCUCGAGCGGUUUUUCCUCCAGUAAAACAGAAUGGUCAGGCUCAGCGUACGUUGCUGAUCCAGAACACAGGGCCCUUACCACUGGCCUAUGCAAUAGACCAGACGAGCUGCCCCUCAGCCCAGGUGAAGCCGGCCUCGGGUCAAAUCCCAUCCGGAUCUCAUCAAAUUCUGCUUCUAAGAACCAGCCCUACCCAAGCAGGACUGACAAGGCAUCAACUGCCCCUGCAGCUGAACUUCAGUCCUGAUUUUACCCAGGAAAUAGUGCUGUUCUCUCGUGCUGAAGCCCCGCAGCUCGUUCUAGAAGGGGACGGAAAGCUCUUUUUUAAGCCGACGUGUGUGGGGACGCAGUCUGAGCGCUCUUACUCUCUGAAGAAUUGCUCCAGAUUUCCACUGCGCUUCCAGUGGAAAAUACAACAACCAGAUGCAUCAUUCAUUUCAGUAACUCCAAGCAGUGGAACUAUCCGGCCCAACGAAAGCAUGGUCCAGACUUGGUCAUUUGUGCCACAAGAGGAAAGGAAAUACUUUGCUAAAGCCACGGCGCUAACUUGGGCAGCGGUGGAAGAUCUUAAACCUGUCGAGAAAAUGCGUUAUAUCCUCCGUAUCACUGGAGAGGGCUGCAGGGGGACGCUGUCUGCACUCCAGGAGCAGGUGGACCUGGGGGAUAUUUUGGUUGGCAGCUUUCAGUCGUGGGAUUUGCCUCUGUCGAAUGAUGGAGACUGCACUCUUGAAUACACACUGAGUGCUAAGCAGGAGAUAAACGGUCCGUGUGACCAGGAAGAAGUCACCCAUGAUCCAGUUGCCUUGGAGUUUGAGAACAGUAGAGGCUGUCUCCCUGCGCGGACCAAGCUCAGCAUUAGAGUGACAGCUCGUCCGGCACGCAGGCUCCAGUACAUAUGGAAAAUAUUCUAUUCCAUUUUGACCCCAAAAGCUCUGGAUCCCAGUAACGCAGUCAGCAAGGAGCACUUUCUGUGCUGUGUGACGGCACAGGGUGUUUACCCCGUCUUGUCCAUUGUGGAUGUGUGCGCGGCUGGCAGUGCCACUUCACUCAACAAGACUCAACUGUGGAGACUGUUUUCAUUAGAAAGGAUAAACACGUACCUCAAAAGAGACCCCACUCCGGCAGAGCUCAUAUAUCGGGUCCCUACUCGACACAGCGUCCGAAGAUGCCCCCCUAUAAACACCCCAGUGCUCCUUGACUUCAACUUUGGAGCCGCCCCUGUGGGAUCGGAACCUUUUGUGACAUUUCUCUUGCUAGAGAACAGAGGGGUUGUGCCUGUGAACUGGGAAUUUCUAUUUCCGGCAGAUCAGCAGAUCGAGCUCGAAUUCUGGGCUGAAACCUUUGAGUUUGAGCAAAGCGAGAUUCACCAGAUGAGAAUCCAAGACAACAAGCUGUUUGCAGCCAGCCCCAAAUCAGGGACUGUGAAUCCAGGCCAGCAGCACACGGUCCAGCUGUCAUACAGGCAUGAUUUUGUUGGAAUCGAUCGUCUGCCAGUCCUCCUGAAAUUGUCACAUGGCAGGGAGAUAUUGCUAAACUUCAUUGGAGUCACCGUUGAGAAGGAUCAGCGCUACGUACAUUUCACCUCCACGAAGCACCAGUUCACCCCGGUGGCCAUCGGCAGCUCUGGGCCCCCCAAACAGAUCUAUGAACUGUACAAUGGAGGCGCCGUGGCCGUGAUCUACGAAAUUCAGCAGGAGCCGCUAAAGGCAAUCCAGGAGGAGAAUUAUCACCACCCCGUGUUCCAGUGUCUAAACCCCAGGGGGGAGAUAUUACCCGGAGCAACCGCUUUCGUGGAGUGGAUCUUCUCCCCACUGGAGGCUAAAACUUACUCAGUUACCGUCCCUGUGCACAUCCUCGGAGGCGACUCCGUCCUCGUCACGUUUGAAGGAAUUGGUUAUGAUAGAGACGCGCUCGGGGACUCCGCAGUGUUUGAGAACUUUUCACCGUUACCAGCAACCCCAAGGCUCACGGCUCCGGGGCAGCAGGUUCUCCUGAGCCUGCAGAGCGUCACUUUUGGAGAUAUCCCAGUUUUCUCAAAAUCCAGUCGCCUUCUGUUCCUCAACAACACGUCUCGGAGAGAAGCGGCUUUCUUCACCUGGUGUGCAGGGUCUCCCCAUGUUAAUGAGGCCCUGCACGUCUCUCCUGCGUCAGGUGUUUUGCGGCCAGGUGAGAGUACAAACGUCAUUGUCACACUUCAUACGGGGGAGCAGGCUGCUUUCUACACGCUGGACCUUGUAUGCGAGAUCUUUAUGGAAAAGGCGCUUGCCAAAUACCAUCAGGAGCUUCUGGAGUGGGAGGAAGAACGAGAACGGCAGUCUUUGGAAUUUACCAUCACUGAACAUGGCAGGGAGAAGAAGGAAUCACCGGCUUGGCAUGGUUUGGCGUCCUCUGGAUCCGGUGCAUCCAAAGGGACCCAGGAAUUAAAAGAAAUCCGGAGAUACAAGACCCUCCCACCCAUCAAGAACGGAGAGGUUUCUCGGCCACCGGCGACCAGAGACAGAGGGAGUCGAAGGGCAGAAAAGGAGCGGCAGAGAUUCUGGCCCCAACCUGAACAUCCGGACCCUCUCCAUCUGCACUUGUCGGUUACCGGACGAUCCCACCACACUCAGGACUUCUUCAACCUUUUACAAAACGACUUCCAUCGUCACUUCCAUUACUGGCUGCCCAAGGACAGAGAGGAAAAACCGGCGCAUGUGGAUCUGCAACCAGAGACCGGAGAGUCGGACGCCAGCCAAAGGAAGCCCACCCUUCAACAGCAGGAAUUGGCUGUGGACAUCAUGGCAUCCGUUAUCCAGAAUCUUUUGGAUGACCCACGCUUCCACGAAGCUAUUGAGCAGAUUGGGAACGAUCCUCUCCCUUACUUCAGUCAGCUGGGAACCCGAGAGAAGCCUUCUAAUAGAGGAGGCACGCCUGGGGCCAAGGACACGGGGUCUUCUGAAGCAAGGUCAGAUGUGUUAGCCAUAGAGGGAAAGAGAAACGAAAAGGGGGAAACAACAAGAGGUGAGAAGGAGCCAAGCAAAAGAGGGGAAGAGGGCAAGGAACGUCACACAGAAGAAGAGGGUGAGGAACAUCACACAGAAGAAGAGGGCGAGGGAUGUCACACAGAAGAAGAGGGCGAGGAACGUCAAACAGAAGAAGAGGGCGAGGAACGUCACACAGAAGAAGAGGGUGAGGAACGUCACACAGAAGAAGAGGGUGAGGAACACGUGACAGAUGAGGAGCGCGGGUUGGCCUGUGCACAAACUGAUGUUAAAUCUCACACAGCGCAAGAGGAACUAAAAGAAAAAAUCAAAAGGUCGCCGGGGUUCGCUCACCUGGCAGAAUCUGUGCUAGAGAACACUUUGCAGAAUAUCCUGAUCGAAGCCAACCGAGGAGAAGUGGUGCUCACUGCGCGCCCUCGCGUCAUCGCCCUGCCUCCCGUGACCCCCAGGGGGAUCAGCCCUACCUCCACGGCACGGACCCUCUCCACCCCACAGAACGACCAGGCCACGGCAGAUUGUCCCAAGCCAGACAUCUCGGAUAACGGGGCAAGAACCGUCACCCCCACACGAAGCCAACGGGCAUCGUUCCGUUCGUCGCACCCGGCACCCCAAGCACCCGGCUGACGUGGAAGAAAAAACAUGAGUUUCCAGAGGGGUUAAUAUUCAUUAAUGGGAAGUGGAUAUAAUUAGGGGGUUUCUUUUUUUUCCCUGUAAACACAUUAAAGCGUCUUUGUUUCCAGUUCAGUUUGUA